CGAGAAAAGUCUGUCUAUCUUGAAGUCAACUUGGCAGGAUACCUCUUACUCUCGUAUCCUUCACACCUUCUCCUGGUCACGUUUGAAAAUUCCGCGCUUUAAAAUAUCUGAAUCCCAGAGGGAGAUAGCUGGGCGGAAGUUGCGUUGUUCCCAGCAGUCCAUCACGUUCCCAUAUAUUUCUGUCACCCCACUAAAACACGAUCCAACCAACAUGGCGGAGGGCGCCGAGAGCGCAGAGCUCCGCACCGAACACGAGCGCAUUUUGAAGGAGAUAGAAAGCUCCGAGCCCGGGCUGGUAGGCGGGAUAUUGAGAGCUGUCUAUGACAAUGAGGGACAUGAGACGUUCCUGGAGAAGCUGAACACCAGAAUACGUAGCCAUGACCGUGACAUUGAGCGCAUGUGUAACCACCAUUACCAGGGCUUCAUCGACUCCAUCACAGAACUGCUCAAAGUUCGCUCCGAGGCAGUUAAGUUACAGAGUUUGGUGACAGAAAGCAAUGCAGCCUUACAGGAAUCGUCAAAGGAGCUGGUGAAGAAAAGUGAGGAGCUCCUACAGUGCAGGAGAAUCCAGAAGAACAUCACGUCCGCUACGGAAAGCCUGUCCCUCUGUCUGCCUGUUCUGGAAAUGUACAUCAAACUUAAGGAACAGAUGGACCAGAAAAGAUACUACCCAGCCUUGAAGACCCUUGAACAGCUAGAACACACAUACUUACCAAGAGUAAGCAGGUAUCGAUUCUCGAAAAUAAUGGCAGACGCCAUUCCGAGAUUGAGAGAAAGUAUCAAAGAUGCCUCCAUGUCAGACCUGAAAGAUUUCCUAGAGAGUAUACGGAAGCACUCUGAGAGGAUAGGGGAGCAUGCCAUGAGCCAUGCACUCAAACAGAAGGACCUGGAUAGAGUUCUUGUGAGGAAGUACCUGAUGAAAAAAUCAGGUAACAAGAAAGUUCAGGAAGAGAAGAAGGAAGCAGAGGAGGAGACAAACCCCUUUGGAAAUGAGGAUGGGGAAGAUGAGGAUGAUGAUGAUGAAGAUGAGGAUGAGGAGAGGAGUGCUCAAGAUAUGAUUGACUUUUCCCCAGUCUACAGAUGUAUGCACAUCUACUCAGUGCUGGGUGCCAGAGAGCAGUUUGAAAAUUACUAUAGAAAACAGAGAAGAAAACAAGCUAGGCUGGCACUUCAACCUCAGUCUAACAUGCAUGAAACAUUGCAAGGUUACAAGAGUUACUUCCACCAGAUAAUAGGGUUCUUUGUUGUGGAAGACACAGUGAUGAACACCACCCAGGGCCUGGUGUCCAGACAGUUCAUGGAUGAGCUGUGGGACAUGGCCCUCUCUAAAAUCAUUGCCGUCCUCAGGACUCACUCUGCAUACUGCACUGAUGCAACAUUGAUGCUGGAAAUCAAGAACCUCAUAGUGCUCUUCUCAGAUACGUUAGCGGGUUAUGGCUUCCCUGUAUCCCAACUGUACGACCUACUCAUGGAAAUCAGGGACCAGUACAACGAGAUCCUCAUGAAGAGAUGGUUGCAGAUAUUCAGAGAGAUCCUGGAGUCAGACACAUGCGCACCUCUCUAUGUUGCUGAUAAAGAAGAGUACAGCGAGAUCAUUCGGAGUUUCCCCUACCAGGACGAAGCCCUGGAAAAGGAGGACUUCCCCAAAAGGUUCCCAUUCUCUGGGUCUGUACCUCAGGUGUACAAGCAGAUCAAGGAGUUUGCCUAUGCCUGUAUCAAGUUCUCUGAAGAUCUCAACUUAAGUCACACAGAGAUCGAUGAUAUGGUGAGGAAGUCCACCAACCUGCUGCUGACCAGGACACUGAGCGGCUGUCUCACCUCACACAUCAAGAAACAGACCCUGGGGAUGGCAGAGCUGGUCCAGAUCUCCAUAAACACAACCCACCUGGAGACAGCCUGUGUGUACCUGGAGGACUUCAUCUCCAACAUGACAGGUGCAGUCGGGGACAGUGUGCACACAGCCAGGCUGCAGGGAACUAAUACAUUCAAGGACACAAGACAAGAAGCUGAGAGUCAGAUCUACUCAAAACUCAACACCAAGAUUGACGAGUUCCUGGAUCUAGCCUGCUACAACUGGACCUUACAGGAGCCCCGUGGCCAUGCCAGCGGUUACCUGAUGGACCUGAUUGCCUUUCUGCAGAGCACCUUUGCUGUCUUCACCAACCUUCCUGGUAAAGUGGCCCAAACAGCCUGCAUGUCCGCCUGUAAACACCUGGCCUCCUCCCUCAUGACCUUCCUGUUGGACAACGAGGUCAGGCAGGUCAGCAUGGGAGCGCUGCAGCAGUUCAACCUCGACGUCAUCCAGUGUGAACAGUUUGUGGACUCAGAGCCAGUGCCAGGGUUUAAGGACGGUGCUUUACAGAUGACGUUUGUCGAACUCAGACAGCUGUUAGAUUUGUUCAUGGCGUGGGACUGGUCACUGUACCUGUCAGACUAUGGCCAGGAGAGGAACAAGUAUGUCAGAGUACACCCCUCCACAGCCAUCACUAUUCUAGAGAAAAUGAGAGAGGCUGACAAGAAGAAGAAUCUGUUUUCCCUGAAGAAGAACGAGAGAGACAGAAGGAAGCUGCUAGAUGCCGUCCUGAAACAGCUGCGACAACUCGUGAAUGGGGGCAGCAACCGCAUACAGGAGUAGUCAUGACAUUGUAGGAUACAUGUAUGUAGGAGGUACAGGGUGGUGAGGGGGGCAGAGAUACACUUACCUGAAAAAGGUAUAAAGUAGCUUCUCAAUGAAAUGUAGGCAACAGAUGAAAGCCAGGUAUGUCAGUAGGAUUGCUUGAAAAGCUAACAAUUGUACAUAUUGUAGUGCCUCAAAUAUGCAUUUUCAGAAGAGAGAUGGCAAAAAUUUGCUGAAUAGAAUGAUUUGCUAAAUGGUUUUUAUUUUGGUGCAAACUAAUGGACAGGUAUAUCAUGUGUAUCUUUGUUACUUGGUCAAUGUAGAUGGUGAUUACAAAGACAAGGAAAGAGGGCUGUUUGCCCUAAUUUAAAGACAGUGGCAAGUGUUGACUGUAAAGACAGGAGCCAGCUUUGACCUGGUGUCCCACUGACGGCUCUUUGGAGGUUUUCCUGCUUAUGACAAAGAUUUGCAAAGUGUAGUUUAUCUAAUGUGAGUGGUCUGAGGUCUAUUUGCCUUUGCAGCCGUUUUAACAUCGUUUGUAUAUCCUAACUGCAACUCUAAGUGCAGGAGUGACCAUAUAACAUUCUUUGGAUAAAAUCUGCUUGUGGCCAUUACAGCCAAUGAGGAUUUGCUUGGGACAUGUACACAGUGCACAGAUAUGUGAAUCAACUCUAGAUCAAAUCGCCAAUAGAACUCAUGGGACAUGUGCAAAAUAUUAGUUUAGAUGUUCGAGUGAUAUGGAAAAUGUAUGAUGAAACAAGGAAGGGAAAACAUGGAUUGUAGUGAGAAUUCUGUUUGACCAACCUUUCUGAAAGCUUUAGUGCUUUUUGCUGAGCCUGAGAAAUCUUCAUGCCAAUGUAAGUCAAAAUUUAUGGAAAGAAAAAACUUAAGUUAAUUGUUAGGAAUAAUAGGCAUACAGGAGAGUAAUGCAUAUGGUUCCAGCUAGAUACAGGGCACAAGCAAUGUGUAAGAUAUAGGUAUUAACUGAAUUGUCCGAGCCAAUUUAAAGGUGUCUAGCAGAUGUACAGAGAAGUAGAUGUAAGGUUGCUCAUGAUGUGACAAUUUUAUAAGCCAUUAAAUAGACAUGUAUAAGCCAUUUUCCAAUCCACAGUCUAUGCACAUCCUGUAGCUUGGCAAUCAUGAUACUGCUGCAGUCACAAAUGCAUGUUCAUAAAGCAAGAGACUUUUUAAUCUAAUACAUAAAUGAUCAUGAUAGCCAGUUGCAAAAUUGGGCCAAGCAUAUUUUAUUGUAUGUGAUGAAGAAAAUUUGCAUUGUAUAGACACUCAGAAUACUAUGCUUGUGUAGGCUGAAGUUACACUGUAUACACUGCUACUAAUUGAGAUGCAGUGUGAAUGUUUUAUUGCCAUAGACAUUUCAGUGCACCAGACACUCACAUGUAGUACACAUAUUGUUUAUAUAUUUAGCAAGAUAUGUAUGUUGUCAUCAAAUAGCAGACAUUUAACAGUGAACAUUGCAAAUUUCUAUUUCGGCAUGGUGUUUUUUUGUAUGUACAUGAAGGACAUGAAAUUCAAGCAUUAUAUUGGGAAACAUUGCCUGGGCCAUACUAGCACUCACUAUGAAUUACAUAUUAUAAACAAAAUCAAUGUCUCAGUUGAAGCCAGAAAUACAUACCUGUGUGGUGAAUGUAUGACGAAGGUAGCAUUAUUUUAUGGUAGCUGUUUUUUAAUGCUUUUUCAAAGUCCUUGCCGCAGCUACUAUGCAAAGACUAUUAUAAUUUCAAUCCUCCUUAUUACCCCUGUACAGUGUACUUGUUCAGGGGGUAAAUGGUAUUGGCUCUAUGUGCAAGAUCUUUUCAAAAUUGCUUUUUUGGCAGCUGAUAGCAUCUUUAUACUGAAGUUACUCAAAAUUGUUAUAGAAGUUGACCAUAGUGCAAUCUACUGUAGGGAAGAAAAUAUAACACUGCUGUCUUCAAUAUUUGAUAAUCACUAAUUGUCAGUGUCUGUUGAAAUGCUAUGAAGUUUUCAUACCAUACCCCUUGCAAAAUUGUUUUCAUUAGACAACAUGCUAGGAGUACUUCCUGUUAGAAUUCCAACUUCAGCACACUAAGUUGUUUUUUGAGAAUUGUGUUAAGAACAGACCGAAAGAUACAUGAACAUGAAGACAAAAGUUCCUAAAGUAUCUUUUAUCAGAAUAAUGUCCUAUGAUGGCUUUAAAGUUUGUUACUAGGCUAAUGACAAUGGGCAUGAUUCUGUCUGUUCCACACUGCUAAGAUGGAGACAUAUUUCUCAGUGUUAAAGAGAGAAAUUACAUGUACAAUGUAUGUUGCAGCCAUAAGCAAUUGUGACGCUGAUUAGCAUAUAGAUGAUGGAUGUGUAGGGAAGAUGGGGACUGCGUAUUCAUGCACAAUCUGGUAUCUAAUGGCAAAUAUUAUAAUAACAAUCAUAACAGUAUACAAUAGGAUGGUGUGGAUGAACCUGUCCAUGUAAGGUCCCAGGGAUGGAGUUGCAGACAUGUUACAAUUUGAAACAAAAGAUUUUGUCAUGACCAUCUCCUCCCAUAUAUAUGGCUUAUACCAUAUUGGGAAAAGAUAUAUUUACUUUUCCCAAUUACUCUUAAUGAUUUUUGCUUCCUUGUUGAGCAGAGAAUGGUACUUCUCUCCAUGGUGAUAUAGUACAGAGUAACAAACUGUCAGAAGUUAGCCCUAUGUAUCGCAGGGUGUCUUAUUUGAUAAGCUACAUGAACAUCACAAUGUGUGCUUUGUAGGAUCACAAGUGGUCUACACAGAUUUAACAGUAUCUCUUUACAAGUAAAUACUGCAAAAAUUUUGUCAUUAUGCUGUUGCAGUGGGAUGAUUAAAUUUUCAACACAAUA